AUGGAAAGAGGUCGUCGAUGUUGUAGGCUGACCUGUCACGUUGUUGAGGGCCGCUAUACAAAGACACGCAUCGGUGAAUGGGAAAACGGACUGGCACACAGACUGCGAAAGUGCCAGCCAAAUGUUAUGGGCUGCUUUUUGUCGCUUGCAGAGGACAUUGCUCAAAUACUGGAGUGCGCCACGCAGACACCCACACCCCCUCUGCCGGUCGGCUGGAGGACACCGGCUGCCUUCAGCCCUCAUCCCAGUUCGGUGACCCCGCCCCAAGUUCCAGAUCGAACCUACUACGAGCAGAAUCGCCCGAGCGUCUGCGAGCCAACUCAGAAGCAAAGGGCUCCACCUCCCCCAGUUCCACGGAUGUCAAGUUCCUCUGCAGUCCCUCCGCGCUACUCCGCGCAGACAUCGUCGGGCGACGGCGGUUCCGCCAAGUUGUCCGCUUCGUCUCUAAAUCAAGCCCCGUUGAAGCCGCCGAUCCCUCCACCAGUUGGCGGUGGUUCUGCGUCCUCCGACCAACGCCAGUCAACUUCCAAUGGUCCUAUCACUUCCUUCGAUAUCGCGAAACAUCCGGUUUCUUCGCAGUCCGAGAAUCAGUACGACGUUCCACUCGAUUCUGAAUAUACCUCUGAGGCAUCAGGGCCCCCAGGAGACGGAUAUGUGUCCCCGAAUUAUUCGAACGAGGAGCCGUCCAAGGACACGGCGCCACCAGAGGUUCCAAAGACCGGAGAGGAUCCAGAACGCAAUGUCCCGACAGAGGCAAAAGAUACGCAAGCAAACGAGGCCAAGGACGUAGCAGCGGUGGUUCAGGAGGCCAAAGGCCAGAGCAGUACGGAGGCUUCUCGAAAGACGUCUGGCGUAGAUGGGACAGAGGAGGUGAAACCGAUUCUGCGCAAUCCUGGGAAGAAAGAGAAAGGUCGCGAUUCCUCCGGUGACCUACCAGAGUUUUGCAAGGUGAAGGAAAGCCUGGAUCGCAAACGCAUCUCCGUCCCAUCCAUGGGGAACGCACCCGCCGAGAGUGGAAGUGAGCGUUGCAAGUCAUCGACGCCAGCGUCCAACUCCAACGCCAAUGAAAACGCUAAGCCAUUGAGGCAGUGA